GCAGAUGAGGCGCGGGCUGCUGCCUUGCGUAAUCGCCUCCUCCUGUGGGGAAGAAGCGGCAGAAGGCUCUGCAUGGUUACUAAUGAGCCGAGGAGGAGGAGGAGGAGGCGGAGGAGGGAGAAGAAGGCAGGAGAAGCGGAGGAGGAGAAGAAGGAGGAGAAGAGCGCCAGGCAGGACGCAGGGGAAAGGACGCAGCGCUGCCUCGGCUCUCACAGGCGCCCAGGAAAUGAAUUGCUGUUUUUCUGGAUGCUGGUGAAAAUUACAGUGGGCAACAAGAGGCAGAGGCAGGAUGCUGACUGUAGAGAGGAGGAGACAAUAAAUGCCAGCCCUCCCAGAGUCUUUCUUGGGAUAAAUCAGCUUGAAGCUACCAAUGAAUAUUUCUAUGGAAGACUGUUAAAGUAGGGCAAACAGAACUGCCAGCAUUUACACACUGGAGAAAACGUGCCGAAGAUGCUAAAGAACAAUUUUUAACUGGAUUAAUGAACCGAAUAGUCUUACUUAAAACCAAUAUUUACUUUCAUCUUUGAUGUCAAUUGAGAGGAGGAGAAGAUGUAAUGAAUUCUGCCCACAAAUAUUCCUGUUAGAAUGUGGAAUGCAGGACUGUGCUGAGCAUGCAUGAGAUUAAAACUGGAAGCAUCCUUGCUUGGCACCAUUAUGUCAAUAGCAUAGAAGUCAAGUGCAAAAGAAGCUUCAAGAUAAUCAUGCAUAGUAUAUGCCAAGAAGAUGCAGGCAGCUGCAUCUUUUUGGGAAGAAUGUUUGGGACCCUGCUUUAGUUAAUGAGCAAAGAUAUCCCUCUGGAUCAUUCUUCAUCAGAACUCUUCAUAACCAUGGAUAAUGUUAAAAUACAAAUCAUGACAGAUGUAUAAUAAACUAUUCAAAGGAAAUUCCUGCCAUGAACAGAACUGUGUGACAGUUACUUCUUAGCAUAGACCUACAAGAGAUCUAAUGCCUAAAAGACUACUGUGUGGAAUGUUCCACAGAGAAAGAGAAGUCUGUGAACUUGGAACAGCUCUGAAUCCAUGGGAGCAAUCAAACUUUAAAAACAUAAAGCACAGCACUGGAUACACUUCAUGUGCCUGUACAGCUUUCAAGUGAACUAGCACUUAGAAGACCUUGUGGGACAAAAUGGACUCUGGGGAUACAGCUGUAGGGCAAAAUGCUACCUCAAGGUCUGGAGAAACAGCUAAAGUACCAAGUAGAUGGAGACAGGAACAUCCAGCCAAUGUCAAGAUGACUGCAAUUGGCAACCUGGAAGGACAGGCCCAGAUUGACCCUGAACAUGGAGAAAGCCCUGCAUCUGCCCAGCUUUUCAGUUCUGGAAAAGUGGUGGCACCCAGUGAUGUUACCCAGCAAGCCACAGACAAGCAAUACCCACAGCACCUUUCAACUCCAUAUUCAUGUCAGCAUUCUCUUUCUUUCCCUCAGCAUUCGUUGCCACAAGGAUACUUGCACAACCUAAAGCAGCACCAGAGCCUAGAAGGCCAUAAAUGGCCAUUUCCUGGCCAUCUGCAAUCAGUUUCCUCUGAGGACUUAUUUCCAUUUCAUGUGCACAGCCACAGUGGAAGUUUUUCCAGAAAGAAAAUUUCCAGUUUGAACCCUGCUUACAGCCAGUAUUCCCAGAAAUGUCUAGAGCAGCAGUCAGAAGAAAGUCAUAAAAAAGAACAUAAACCCAAAAAGCCUGGCAAAUAUAUUUGUCCUUACUGUAGCAGGGCUUGUGCCAAACCUAGCGUACUUAAGAAACAUAUUAGGUCCCACACUGGGGAGCGCCCAUACCCUUGUGUCCCUUGUGGCUUCUCGUUCAAGACAAAGAGCAAUUUAUAUAAGCACAGGAAAUCGCAUGCUCAUGCAAUCAAGGCAGGACUGGUACCUUUCACAGAAUCGGCUGUAUCAAAAUUGGACCUAGAUUCCAGUUUCAUUGAUGUAGAAGCAGAAAUACAUUCAGAUGGGGAGCAGAGCACAGAUACUGAUGAAGAGACAUCUUUACUAGUUGAGGGUUCUGACAAACUGAGCCCAGUUCCACAAAUUCCACUGGAUAUUACUGGCAGAAGUGGGUUUCACACAUCCAUAGAUGAAUCCUUGGCAGGCCCAAUGAAAGUCCCUAUUUUGAUUAUUCCUAGAAGUGGUGUUCAGUUACCAUGUGAAAGCUCUCAGCACAUUGGGUCUGAUAACCUGCAAAACCCGUUAAGUACUAAGUCUGAUGACUCUCACACUGUUAAGCAGCGACUUGCUCUAAGACUGUCUGAGAAGAAAGGACAAGAUUCUGAGCAGUCAUUAAAUCUCUUGAGUCCCCAUAGUAAAGGUAGCACUGAUUCAGGUUAUUUUUCACGGUCAGAGAGUGCAGAGCAACAGAUAAGUCCACCAAAUACCAAUGCAAAGUCCUAUGAAGAAAUAAUCUUUGGAAAAUUCUAUAGGAUUAAUCAAAGGACUCCACAAGCUGUAGCAACAGCUAAUCAAGAUCUCACUUCAAUGGGAAGAAAAAGCAAGAUGGAGCCAUUGUCUCUCACAGGGUCUAGACUAGAUGUCAAAAUGCUUGAAGAUUCAAUGUCUCCAAAUAAAGAAGCACUUACUGAUCCUAGUAAAAUUGGUGCUCUAAAAAGUAACCAAGUCUUUAAAGAUAAUACAGAAUCCAAACAGUCUCAGAUCAUCACAUCAGCCAUCAAAAGUGAAUUAGCCCUUUUCCCAGGGAAUCACCCAGGUGAUUCACCUCUCCUCCUAGAACCUCCAGCAGAUGGAAACCCACUCAUUAGAAGCAACUCUAUGCCAACAUCAUCUGCAAACAAUUUGAAUGUCCCAUCAGCUUUACGAGGAAGCCAUUCAUUUGAUGAGAGGAUGACUGGUUCAGAUGAUGUUUUUUAUCCUGAAUCAAUAGGAAUACCCCCUCAACGCAUGCUAAGAAGACAAGCAGCCUUUGAGCUGCCAUCAUUACAUGAAGGACACACUGAUUCAGAGUACCAUGGGAGAAUGGGAAAGAACAUUAUGAUGGUUUCUGGCAGAUCAGGUGCAGGAGAAAAAGGGCCAGGUGUGAGAGAGAAGAAGCUCUCAGCGAUGGAGAGAUCCUUUUACGAUGGGGAUUCUUCUGGAAAGCACUAUAGAAAAUGGGAAGACCAUGGGGCCCUGAAGCAUAGCUAUAGAGAUCUUUCAAUUGUAAGUGGGUCAAAGCAAGGAGGAGAAUAUUUUUCUGAAUCACCUACACAGUUGCAGGGAGUAUCUUCUACAUAUGGCAUUAUAUUUGAGAAUCGAAAGCGUAGAAUACAGAAGAGUGUUGGGGAUGAGGAAGAUACACCUUCACUGUGCAGUGGUUCCACUGGCAGCUCCAUGAGUGGUGACUUUGAUCCUAAACUGCAAUUCCAGGAAGGAACAAGGAGUGGAUAUGCCCUUCCAGGCCAUGACAAUUCUGCUCAUUCCCUUCCAGAGCGCUUUGAAAUCUGCAGGCCCCACCUGCAGUCGGGCAGUCCAGCCACUAGUAUAGAUGAAUUCCCUUUAACAGCUGAACAAGAAAAGACAGGAGAAUCUCUGAGUAGAAAAGGAAAUGUAAUCUCUGUCAUUCAGCACACAAAUUCAUUAAGCCGGCCAAACUCAUUUGAAAGGUCUGAAUCUACAGAACUUGUUGCUUGCCAGGAUAAAAUAUACUCAUCAUCUGAAACUUGUGAAACUGAGAUUGUAGCAUCCCCAAUGAGUCCAGAUAGGGUUCAGCAGACAGAAAUUGCUGACAGUGUUAGCAAACAGCCCUCUUCGUCCCAGCAUUCUCAGCCAUAUCAUAUUCAGCCCAGACUUGUUCGCCAGCAUAACAUACAGGUACCUGAAAUUCGUGUCACAGAGGAACCAGACAAGCCUGAGAGAGAAAAGGAAGUCCCAGCAAAAGAGCAAGAGAAGCCGAGUGAGGAGUUCCAGUGGCCACAAAGAAGUGAAACCCUUUCCCAACUCCCAGCUGAAAAACUCCCGCCUAAGAAAAAGCGCUUGAGGCUUGCUGACCUGGAGCACUCCUCUGGCGAAUCUAGCUUUGAGUCUACAGGGACAAGCCUUUCCCGCAGCCCCAGCCAAGAGAGCAACUUGUCCCACAGUUCAAGUUUUUCAGUGUCCUUUGAAAGGGAAGAUAGUUUCAAGUUCAUAACGUCAACCAAGCAGGAUGAGUUUGGUAAACAGUCUGAAUUUUUAACCGUCCCAGCUGGUGCUUAUUCGCUUUCCGUCCCGGGGCAUCACCAACAGAAAGAAAUGCGCCGUUGUUCAUCUGAACAGAUGCCAUGUCCUUACCCUGCUGAAAUCCCAGAAAUACGAAGCAAAUCCUUUGAUUAUGGGAAUCUCUCUCAUGCUUCUGCAGUAGGAGCACCUCCUAUGACUUUAUCCCCAGUGAGAGAAAGGAAGAAGUGCUUUUUGGUUCGGCAGGCUUCAUUCAGUGGUUCUCCUGAGAUUUCCCAGGGUGACCUGAGUCUAGAACAAAAUAUCAAGCAAGAGCAAAUGGAACAUGGGCAUGUUGCUCUCCGGUCUUCCCAAGUCACUUGGCCUAAUUCCCCCUCUUCUAUACAGUCUGAUGACUCUGGGAAGCAGUCUUCUAGUUCUUGUCCACCACGCAGCACUAGUUUAUCCCCACUUUCCCGUCCCACAACUCCACAUGCACCUUAUAUUCCAAGCAAAUACACAGCGGAACAGCAACAUCUAUUUGCACUGCAAGAAAAGGUUCCUUUUCUCCCCAUCCAUAAUACUUUACUGCAGUUUCCAUACCCAUCUGUUUGCAUGGUACACUUACCAUCUCAGCCCCUAUGGCCUUCUGAACUUUCACAGACCCACUUUCAACGUCAUUUUGCACAGCAGCUUCACAAAUCUUACUCCAAGCAACCUUUCUCAACUGAAAGCCACCCAGGAUACCAUCUGGAAUAUGCCCAGGAGCAUAUUAGAAAGAAAACUGCUGAUUAUGUACAUACUAAAGAGCAAACUUACCAGCGUUACUCAGGAACAUCUGGGCAGUAUUCUAAAAAUGCACUUGCAACAUACCAGCCAGAUAGUAGCAUUAAAUCAACAGAUACCUCUUCUGAGCAGCAGCUACAGGUAGAUUUUGAAACCCAGAAUAUUGGACCUGUUCGGUCAUUACCAGGAACAGUUGUUCCUGUCAGGAUCCAGACUCAUGUGCCAUCCUAUGGUAGUGUUAUGUACACAAGCAUUUCCCAGAUUCUUGCUCAAAGCAGCAGCCCUGCUAUUGUCAUUUGCAAAGUAGAUGAGACUCUUUCUCAAAGGACAUUGGCAACAAGUGCAACCAUGCAUGGAAUAGGAUUCAACAUAGCACAGAUGCUAGGCCAGCAUGGAAAGUUAGACAAAUACCCCUUGUGGAAAGUACCACAGACCCUGUCACUUAAUUUAGACUCUUCCAUCCCAUUGUGCUUGACUUCCAGUUCAGACACUGCCUCUACCCUGGGUGGAAAUAAACGGAUGCUUUCACCAGCAAGCAGCUUGGAACUCUUUAUGGAGACUAAGCAACAAAAGAGAGUCAAGGAUGAAAAAAUGUAUGGGCAGAUUGUUGAGGAGUUAAGUGCUGUAGAACUCACCAGUUCAGACAUAAAGAAAAGUUUUCCCAAGCAGCAAAAGCCUCAGUUGGUUAGGCAGAGCUGUACUACUGAGCCAAAAGAAAGUGUGCCGUCCACCCUAUCUUCUUCUCCAUUAUCACCUGCUUUAUCUCAAGAUCUGCAAGCCACUGAGCCUUCCCAAUUGAGCAGGGAGAAGCUUCCCAGUUUUGAUUCUGCUUCACCAGGACAAAGGUCCAGUGGCACUUCUGAUGGUAGGCAGUCCCCAGAAGAACUGGAUGUGGAUGAAACUGCAUCGGAUAUGAGUCUGAGCCCACAGGACUGUUCAUUGCCUUCAGGUGAAAGUCAGACUGAAGACCAGUCUAAACAACAAAAGUUGCCAUUUGAUAUGUUGGUACAAAUGACAUCCCAGCCCAGUGGGAAAACUGUUACCUCAACAAUUCUCCUGACAGAUCUAGCAGACAUCCAACAAGUGUUACAGUAUCCUAGUUUGCGCACCACUACAACUGUGAGUUGGUGUUUCUUAAACUAUACAAAACCGAAUUUUGUUCAGCAACCGACUCUGAAAUCGUCUGUUUAUGCUUCAUGGUGCAUUAGUUCAUCUAACCCAAACCCAUCAGGACUGAGUACAAAGAUUACCCUAGCACUCCUACGGUCCAAGCAGAAAACCAGCACAGAAAUAUAUACAUUGUCUCCAAUGCAUAGGCCUGGAACAGGAAAAGUAACAUCAUCAAGUGCAUGGAAACAGUUUGCUCAGAUGAAACAGGAGCCAUUCUUUGUAUUCGGCAGCAAGUUUGAAAAGAAAGCCACGGGGAAUGUUAUCAAAGAAAGAAUUAAAGGAGACAGCCAUGGAGAUAAAGAUAUUGUAGCCAAACAAACUGAGCCAAUGCGAAUUAAAAUUUUUGAAGGAGGGUAUAAAUCCAAUGAGGAUUAUGUUUAUGUUAGAGGACGUGGACGUGGGAAGUACAUUUGUGAAGAAUGUGGGAUUCGUUGCAAGAAGCCAAGCAUGCUCAAAAAACAUAUCCGCACCCAUACCGAUGUACGGCCUUACAUAUGCAAGUUAUGUAAUUUUGCCUUCAAAACAAAAGGAAAUCUGACAAAACAUAUGAAAUCUAAAGCACACAUGAAAAAAUGCCUAGAGCUGGGGGUAUCGAUGACAUCUGUAGAUGAUGCUGAAACGGAAGAAGCAGAAAAUAUGGAAGACACACACCAUGAAGUUGAGAAGAGCAACCUGACUGGUACGUCUACUGAUCACCAGUUCUCUGAUGCUGAGGAAUCAGAUGGAGAUGAUGGAGAGGACAAUGAUGACGAUGACGACGAUGAUGAUGAUUUUGAUGACACUCCUGGAGACUCAACACCCAAAACAAGAUCACGGAGCACUAGUCCGCAGCCCCCUAGAUUCUCCUCUUUAUCUGUGAAUACUGCCACAGCAUCCUACGGGGCUUCUCCUGACAACUCAGUAGGGCAUUCUUCCUUGAUAAGUUACUUGGUCACUUUACCCAGCAUUCAAGUCACUCAGCUCCUAACGCCAAGUGACUCUUGUGAUGAUUCACAAAUGACAGAAUACCAGAGGUUUUUCCAGAAUAAAAGUACAGAUUCAGAACCCGACAAAGACAGACUUGACAUCCCUAGCUGCAUGGAUGAAGACUUUAUGGUUUCUUUGGAGUCCAAUUCUUCUCCAAGGGACUUUUCCUCUUCUAGCCGGCAGUCCUCACCUGGAUAUGAUUCUUCUCCCUACAGAGAUAACUCACCAAAGAGGUAUUUGAUGCCCAAAGGAGAUUUAUCACCUAGAAGGCAUUUAUCCCCAAGAAGAGAGAUUUCCCCCAUUAGGCAUAUUUCGCCAAGGAAGGAAGCUGUGCUGAGAAGAGAGUUAUCACCACGGAGAGAUGCCUCUCCAAGGCGCCAUCUCUCACCAAGGAGGCCAAUGUCACCUGGAAAAGACACAUCAACCCGAAGAGACCUAUCUCCACGAAGAGAAAGAAGGUAUAUGUCCUCAGUUAGAGCAGCAUCACCCCGAAGAGGCUUAUACCACAACACGGCAUUGUCCAUGGGCCAGCAUUUACUGUCUGAGUCGGUUCCUUUGGGACAGUCGAGUUCAAGACCAGGAUUGUUCCAAGGACCUUAUUUUGGUAUACCUGGGGAAAAAGGAGUUCUGGAGCAUCAUGGAUCUAACCUGUAUCCUGAAGGUCCUACGGAUUAUGUCUUCAGUCACCUUCCACUACACUCCCAGCAGCAGCUUCGUGCACCCAUCCCCAUGAUGCCUGUUGGUGGCAUCCAAAUGGUCCCUUCAAUGCCUGCAGCCCUGUCUGGUUUACAUCCUGCCUCCAUCUUGCCCCUCUCAAAAGAAGGCUCUGGUGAGAAGAAAAGGGCAGCUUCUGAAACCAUGACUACUGAGUCCCAUGUGAUUUCUAAGCACCACGAGAAACGUACCUGCCCUCAAACUCUGCAUGCAAUGGUUCAAGGCAGUGCAUCCUCUCCUCAGUUGCUCUUGAUGAAACAGAGCACUUCAGAGGAAGGUGUUGUUGAGAGGGAGCAAGAAGAAAACAUACAGACUUGUACAAAAGCCAUAGCCUCUCUCCGAAUUGCCACAGAGGAAGGUCUACACGGGACAGACAAGAGGGAUUUGGAACCUCCUCCAAAGCCCUCGGAAAGUGCACAUUUUAGCAUGAGACACUUUAGUGGCUCUGAGCCAGGCCAGAUCUGUGCCUCAGCCACCAACCCUGACUUGCACAGUGGCGACAAGGACCCUUUUGGUACAUUGCAGACUGCAUUAUCUCAUUCCACCUUUUACAGCAAAAGCACUGCGGAAGCCAGGCAGAUUGGCUACCCCAGUAGGAAAGAUUCCCCAUCAAGCACACAGGAAAGAGUAGACCCACUCUUGGAAAAAAGCAACCCACAGUGAUCUGAAAUGUGUGAAGACUUUUAAUACAUGUGUUUACUCCCAAUCCCUUUAUCCCCCUAGUGAUAGAAGGAAGUAUUCAACCUUAUAGCAUGCCGGUUCUAAGUUACAGUAGUUUGCUAUUAUAUAUACUUUUGUUAUAUCAAAAGAAUUGAGUAAAACUACGAGUCAUCAUGAGCCUGACCAAAAUGAAAUUUCAAAUUCUUAUUGGGUCUGGUACUUUUAACCUGUACAGGUGUUUGUGCCUUUUCUUUACUUUUGCUUAUAUUCUUAUAAGCAUUUUUUAGCAGUAAUUUGUACAUAUUUUAGAAUUUGUGUAUCUGCUUUGUAAUAAAUGUAAUUUCUUUCCUUUUGGGGACACUUUGACCUAAACGAUGUAAAGCAAAAAACAAAAAAAGCAUCAAUAUAUAUGUGAGGUUGCACUAAAAUAUUUUUAUAUGAUUAAAACUGAACAGCUUUUAUGUACAGCUCUGAUUCUGUAAUACUAAUAUUUAUUUACUUUGUUUCAUAAAUUGUACAUUUUUUCUUAAAUGUUGCGGAUUGCUUUUCUAUGUGAAGCAUGGGAUUUACUGUUGCAUUAUUAGAACAAAAAUGUAUAUUGUAAACAAGAUAUUUAAACUAGAGUAUCUUAUCUUAUUCUGCACUUAUGCAUUAGUUUAAAAAAAUAAGAUAAAAGGAUGUAUCAGUCCGUUCUUAACUCUUGUAAUUUUUUGUCUCUUGUUUGCUGGAUCGACUAUAACUUAAAAGUGCUGAUUGUGAUUUUAAAAAGAUAGUACCGUAAAGCAUUAAAGUAAAACCAUGUGCUAUUGUGAGUUUUUCAAAGCUUUAUAAAACAGUUAUAAAUAUAUUAAAAGUAUUUGGUCUUAUGUGAAGAUGUUGCUCUAUAUGCUCCUUUUAAAAAAUAUGGGAAAACAUUCCACCCCAUGUAAAUAUAUGCGAGCUGGUGCAAUUUCAUGUAGAUGUUUGGGCGCUUUCAGGUCUCACUUUGUUUCAAGUGAAGUCGCUGGACACUGGGGACUUGACUUGAAUGAAAGCAGGAGUGGGCAAUAGUCACCACAUAUCAUUAUCAAAGUGUCUUUUUUAAAAGGGGGAAGAGGUGAACUCUGGAUCCCUUGGCCUUGAGAGUAGAGGAAUCGAGCUUUAACCUGAGAUGAGGAAGCAUGCUUGAUUGUAUAGAUCUUGGAGAUCGGCUGGUCCGGUAGCUUAGCAGUCAGUGCUGGCCGCUUCAGACUAGAAACAGAGCCAUGGAAGCCAUAUGGAGGGUCUCCAUACUAACUGAUAGCAAGGAGCUUAGUUAUAUUGCCAAGUUAUCUCCAUAGCAGGGGACUUAGGGUGAAGUAUGGGAUGGGUGUAAACAAAAUGAAUAGUUGCUCACCAUCACCUCUAGAUACAGAAACAUCAGUGAAGGAUUUGAGGAAAUUUCCUUGAUGGAAGAAAAAUGAUCAUAUCUUCAUGUCUAUCAAAGAGAAAAGGUCAGUGGGCAAGAUAAUUAUAUCCUUCAAGAUUAAGGGCAUUUGUAGUAUUCAAUUGUCUUGGGGGAAGACUGAGAGGAACCCUUACUUAUAUGUGUGAAGAUAUGAUGGAUGCCCCCAAAUACACACCCAGACACCCAAGUCAACAAAAAUCUGAGUUAUUUUCUGUGCUAUUUAGUGGAUUAUAAUUCUGUGAAAACACGUUUGUAUAACUGAAUUGCAAUACAUUUAAGGAGUGUUCUUUAAAAAAAGAAAUAAAUAUACAGUUACAUUAUG